AUGGAUAGCGCAACCUGUAAUGUGAUUUACGUGGAUCGUAAUGUACUCGAAGAUCGAUCAUUAGGCUCUGAGAGCACGGAUCUGCCGGAAUCUGGUGAUCUUGGGGAUAAUUUGGGACUCCUACUAGAUGCCUUUGGUGACGUACACGUGUGUGCAAGCGGUUCUGCUUGUAUAUCUAAGCUGUUUCACUUGCAAGAUACGUCCAUGGUAGGGCUUAAACCGACUCUUGUACUAAUCGACACGCCGUACGACGAGCAAGUGUUAGAGCCACCAUCGCCCGAACGAGAUCAUUCGCCUUUUUCCGAGGCCUCGCAGGACGGCCAGUUGGAAGAAGAGUUGUAUGGACUAAGACUGCUUGAGCGGAUUGUUUAUGAGACUCAUCUGAGAAGCCUCACAAGAUUAGUUGUGCCCAUUCCCGUUAUUAGCUUCCCUCUACUACGAAGCCCGCCAGCGAAUGACGGCACGAACGAUGACCCUCCACAGCCAGCGUAUGCAGAUUACCUCUCAGAAGUGCCAGGCGCGACUGGUAAAUCAUUAACAAACCGCGCUCUAUUAAGAAAGUGCCUGGAUUCUGGUGCAGUAGAUGUAAUGGCCAGCCCUUUACAUAUUAAAACAUUAACAACCCUCGAAGUUCAUGCGUACCGUGCGCACAAAGAAGCUGCUAGGGAACAGCAGGCAGUAUUGGAGGUUCGGAGGGGCCGUAAACGGUCCUGGGUAGGUGUGCACGAGGAGCAGCCUUACUCGUACCUUAGAGAGGCUAUGGUAUCUGGGUUAAUGAGAGGGAUUUGCCAUUCCGGCGAAGAGCCUGAAGAUCGCAUUGGGAAUGUCAAGGUUAAUGUCCCAUCCGACCGCCGGUCUCAAAUCGCUAGGGCUAUUGGGAGGUGGCAUUUUUCUGCCCACGAUUUCUGUGACGAUUCUCUCCUCAUCGCGGCCAUCCUCAUGUUUAAACAUGCCUUUUCCAUGCCGGAACUUGAAAAAUGGCGAAUACCAACAGAACAAUUAACAACUUUUCUGGUUGCAACACGAGCUGCUUACAAUACUUUCGUACCAUAUCACAACUUUCGCCACGCUGUUGAUGUACUCCAGGCGACAUUUAAUUUCCUUGUUCACAUUGGAGCCUUGCCGCCAUAUCCCUCCCGCCCUAGAUCGUCCGCCGGGUCAAUCAAAAAGUGUCCACUCGUUACUCUGAUCAAACCUUUUGAGGCUUUAACCCUUCUCAUAGGGGCGAUCGGUCAUGAUGUUGGUCAUCCUGGUGUAAAUAACGGUUUCUUAACUGUACUUAAUGCGCCCCUAGCGCAAUUGUACAAUGACCGGUCUGUUCUCGAGUCCUUUCACUGCGCAGCCUAUUCACAAAUCCUCCGGAGAUAUUGGCCUAAGGUCUUUGAAGAUACGAAAAUGCGCACCCUGAUGAUCAGCUCAAUUCUAGCGACAGAUAUGGGCGUGCAUUUUGAUUACAUGACCAAGCUUGAAAACCUCGAAAAGGAACUGAAAAAGGAACCAAUUGAGAAUUGGAGCGGGAAAACGAUAGACAAGCAGACAACGCUUAUAUGCUGCCUAAUUAUAAAAUGCGCCGACAUCAGUAAUGUUGCACGAAAAUAUGAGGCAGCACUCCAAUGGAUGUAUAUCCUCUGCGACGAAUUCUCUAGGCAGGCAACGAUGGAGAAUGAUAUCGGUAUCCAAUCUUCCCUCAUCUCGCGUCCCAAGAAGGAUUUUCUGUCGCUAGCUCAGGCUCAAAUAAAAUUCAUGGAAAUGUUCGCUAUUCCUCUAUUUCAAGGGAUCGCUGAUGUGCUUCCUACGAUGCAGUAUACUGUCGACGAGCUCGAAAUAAACAGGGCAUUAUUUGAGAAAACCGUACAACAAAUUCCGCUAAUGGAAGAAGAGCAUCGACGAAUAUUUACAGAGGGUGUUCUUUCGCCCCGUGCUUUAGGCUUGGCUAUUCAGGCAGAAGGUGUCGAAAAUUUCCGAAUAGACCCGGCAAAGUGCGAAUUGGUCUCGGGCCAUGCUGAAAUGAAGAAAGCAGGCUCAUCACCUCCCGAUCAGCCAUAUCAGAUUCCCGAUAUCCGGGGAGGAUAUAAGGAAAUGAACGGUAUUCCAUUUGAUAGCGAUCCGUUCAGCAUUGCCGAUCCAGAAAAUAGAGUUGGUCAUAAUGGGAAACAACGUUGUAGCGAGACGACAGAUGGGAGCAAUUCGGUGCCUCCGGGGGACUGGCAGUCACAAGCUACUAGCGCUACUACAGGCAAGAUGCCACUCUCGCCAAGUACUCAAGGUACCAGCAUCGUCAGUCAAGAGUCCAUCGAGCGCCCUGGCAGCGUUCCCGUUACGAAAGUCAUAGCACCUGAUUACCGCACGAUGGGACCAAUGCAGAGUCUCGAGUCGGGUAAUUCCGAGGAGGAUUCUAAUGGAAAUACACUCAAGCCGGAAAUACCUCUUAAGAAGAAGCCCAGUAGGUUCAGAAUGAACGUCUCAACCUUUUUUCGAAGAAAUAAAGGUGCAAGUUCACCGUCAUCCGGCGGUUCUUGA